AUGAUCACACUAGUCGCCUUUGACCUCGACGGCACGCUCGCUGAGAGCAAACAACCCAUCAAACCCGACAUGGGAGAAGCCCUCUCAGCCCUCCUCUCAGUCGCAAACGUGGCAAUAAUCUCUGGCGGCGACUGGCCCCAAUUCCACAAACAGGUCGCUAGCCGUCUGCCUGCUUCUGCAGACCUUUCAAAACUCUGGCUGAUGCCAACCACCGGCACCAAACUGUACACACACCGCGAUGGAGCAUGGCAAGUGGUUUAUGCUGAACUCUUCUCGCAACAAGAAAGAGCAAACAUCAUCAAGGCAUUUGAGAUUUCGUUGGCUGCUACAGGCUUUACUCCCGAAAAGACCUGGGGAGAACGUAUUGAAGACCGAGGCAGCCAGAUUACUUUUUCUGCUUUGGGGCAACAGGCACCGGUAAGCGAAAAGGAGCACUGGGAUCCCGAUUUUGCCAAACGCAAAGUCAUACAAGCGGAUCUGCAGACACGUCUACCGGGAUUGUCCAUCAACAUGGGCGGAGCAACUUCCAUCGAUAUCACCAGAGAAGGUGUGGACAAAGGGUAUGGAUUGAAGAAGCUGCGUAAUGCGAGUGGAAUCCCUCUAGAGCAGAUGAUGUUUAUCGGCGAUGCGAUAUUUCCUGGAGGCAACGAUUACCCGGCUAAGGAGAUUGGUUUGGAGACUGUCAAGGUCAAGAAUCCUGAUGGCACACUUGCUGCUAUUGCUGGGAUUGUGGCUUGCCUUAGAUAG